GACGCAUCCGCUCGAGCACGUGUUCCAAGACACGUACAAGACCAUCGUGAACUGGCGCAGCUCGAACAUGUCGGUGCAGGAGCGAGCGGAUGCCUUGUCAGAGUUACAGGCAGAGCUCCGGCAAAUGCACCAGGAAACGCAGGAAGAGUUAGCCAAGUGGUCUGAACAUCAAGACGAGCUGGGCAACACCUUUUAUUUCAACCAAGAGGCAGGGCCUGCAUGGAUGCGGAGUUGUAGCGGCAACAGACAGUGGAAGAAGCUCGGUGUUCGUAAACUCGAAAGACAUCUGGUGGCCAGGGGUUUUAGCAGCAACACUAGCCAUGUCAUGCUUCACGCAAUAGCCGCUUGCGUACAGCUUGACGUUUGCCCAGUUGGUCACAAACACAUCAGGAUCGGGGCCGGGCCCAGUUUUACAAAUCACAAUAUUGCAAUAUUCGCAGAUCCGUCUAUGGCAUUUACUAGUUUAGCUGCGUGCUCACGAAGCAAAGAUGGCGGCUGCUGUACCAGCACAAUAGGGUCACGCAAUUGUUCAGUGACUUCAUGGACAAAGCCAGACAUGCUUUGA